ACUCCCGCCUUGCUAUUGCCUUGCCUCGGUCGGCUGUAUGCGGUUUAGACCAAGGGUGGCGCUAUGCCACCUAUUUCUGUACAGACAUUGUGGAAACCGGAUUGCUUGUGAAAGAGGGAGCUUUGUUGAAACUAAAAACCUCACGUAAACCUGACUCAUGCAUUAAAAAGGAAAAUUGAUGAGAGGCCAGUAGAGGACCGUGUGGACACAGUUAACGAGAAUGGAGUUCCCACAGCAUCAGAAGACAGCGGAUGGCAAAAUCAGUUAUCCUCCCGGGGUAAAAGAGAUCACAGAUAAGAUUACCAAUGAUGAGGUGGUUAAACGGUUAAAGAUGGUGGUGAAGACCUUCAUGGACAUGGACCAGGACUCGGAGGACGAGAAGCAGCAGUACCUGGCCCUGGCUCUGCACCUGGCCUCCGACUUCUUCCUCCGCAACCCCAACAAGGACGUGCGCCUCCUGGUGGCCUGCUGCCUGGCGGACAUCUUCCGCAUCUACGCCCCCGAGGCGCCCUACACCUCCCACGACAAGCUGAAGGACAUUUUCUUGUUCAUCACUCGGCAGCUGAAGGGCCUGGAGGACACCAAGAGCCCGCAGUUCAACAGAUACUUCUACCUGCUGGAAAACCUGGCCUGGGUCAAGUCAUACAACAUCUGCUUUGAGCUGGAGGACUGCAACGAGAUCUUCAUCCAGCUGUUCAAGACCCUCUUCUCCGUCAUCAAUAACAGUCACAAUCAGAAAGUGCAGAUGCACAUGCUGGACUUGAUGAGCUCGAUCAUAAUGGAGGGUGACGGGGUGACACAGGAACUGCUGGACACCAUCCUCAUCAACCUCAUCCCUGCGCACAAGAAUUUAAAUAAGCAAGCCUAUGACCUUGCUAAGAUUCUCCUGAAGAGGACUGUCCAAACCAUAGAAACGUGUAUCGCCAAUUUCUUCAAUCAGGUUCUGGUCGUGGGAAAGUCGUCGGUGAGCGACCUGUCGGAGCACGUGUUCGACCUCAUCCAGGAGCUGUUCGCCAUCGACCCCCUGCUCCUGGUGUCCGUCAUGCCUCAGCUGGAGUUCAAGCUCAAGAGCAACGACGGCGAAGAGCGACUGGCGGUGGUGCGACUCUUGGCCAAACUCUUUGGGGCCAAAGACUCGGAGCUGGCUACGCAGAACCGACCGCUGUGGCAGUGCUUCUUGGGAAGAUUUAAUGACAUUCAUGUUCCAGUCAGACUGGAGUGUGUCAAGUUUGCAAGUCACUGUCUGAUGAACCACCCCGACUUGGCCAAAGAUCUAACAGAAUUCCUCAAGGUUCGGUCACAUGACCCGGAGGAAGCCAUUCGGCAUGAUGUGAUCGUCACCAUCAUCAACGCUGGGAAGAAGGAUUUGAACCUUGUAAAUGAUCAACUGCUGGGCUUUGUCAGGGAGAGGACACUGGACAAAAGGUGGCGAGUUCGCAAGGAGGCCAUGAUGGGACUGGCUCAGCUGUUUAAGAAGUACUGCCUGCACCACGAGGCCGGCAAGGAGUCCGCUCAGAAGAUCAGCUGGAUCAAAGACAAGCUGCUGCACAUCUACUACCAGAACAGCAUCGACGACAAGUUGCUGGUGGAGAAGAUAUUUGCUCAGUUCAUGGUCCCCCAUAACCUGGACACGGAGGAGAAGAUGAAGUGUCUGUACUACCUGUACGCCUGCUUGGACCUCAACGCCGUCAAGGCUCUGAACGAGAUGUGGAAGUGUCAGAACAUGUUGAGGGGCCACGUGCGGGAACUGCUGGACCUCCACAAACAGCCCACGUCUGAAGCCAACAGUACAGCCAUGUUCGGGAAGUUGAUGACCAUAGCCAAGAACCUUCCGGACCCGGGCAAAGCCCAGGACUUUGUGAAGAAGUUCAACCAGGUGCUGGGGGAGGACGAGAAGCUGCGGGCCCAGCUGGAGCAGCUCAUCAGCCCCACCUGCUCCUGCAAGCAGGCCGAAGUCUGCGUGAGGGAGAUAACCCGCAAGCUGACGUUCCCCAAGCAGCCCACGAACCCCUUCCUGGAGAUGGUGAAGUUCCUCCUGGAGCGAAUCGCCCCGGUGCACAUCGACUCCGAGGCCAUCAGCUCUCUGGUGAAGCUGCUGAACAAGUCGAUCGAGGGGACGGCGGACGACGAGGACGAGGGAGUGACGCCCGACGUGGCCAUUCGUUCCGGCCUGGAGCUGCUCAAGGUGCUCUCGUUCACCCACCCCACCUCCUUCCACUCGGCCGAGACGUACGAGUCCCUGCUGCAGUGCCUCAAGAUGGAGGACGACAAGGUGGCGGAGGCGGCCAUCCAGAUCUUCCGGAACACCGGGCAGAAGAUCGAGACGGAGCUGCAGCAGAUCCGAUCGACCCUGAUUCCCGUCCUGCACCAGAAAGCCAAACGGGGCACCCCUCACCAGGCCAAGCAGGCCGUCCACUGCAUCCACGCCAUCUUCCACAACAAGGAGGUGCAGCUGGCGCAGAUAUUCGAGCCCCUGUCCCGCAGCCUGAACGCGGACGUCCCGGAGCAGCUCAUCACCCCGCUGGUCUCCCUGGGGCACAUCUCCAUGCUGGCGCCCGACCAGUUCGCCUCGCCCAUGAAGUCCAUCGUGGCCAACUUCAUCGUCAAGGACCUGCUGAUGAACGACCGGUCCAUAGGAAGCAAGAACGGGAAGUUGUGGUCCUCAGACGACGAGGUUUCCCCUGAAGUUUUGGCCAAGGUCCAGGCGGUGAAGCUGCUGGUGCGCUGGCUGCUGGGGAUGAAGAACAACCAGUCCAAGUCGGCCAACUCCACCCUGCGGCUCCUCUCCGCCAUGCUCGUGAGCGAGGGCGACCUGACGGAGCAGAAGAAGAUCAGUAAGUCGGACAUGUCCCGGUUGCGGCUAGCGGCGGGCAGCGCCAUCAUGAAGCUGGCCCAGGAGCCCUGCUACCACGACAUCAUCACGCCGGAGCAGUACCAGCUGUGCGGCCUGGUCAUCAACGACGAGUGCUACCAGGUGAGGCAGAUGUUCGCCAUGAAGCUGCACCUGGCGCUGGUGAAGCUGACGCUGCCGCUGGAGUACCUGGCCGUGUUCGCCCUGUGCGCCAAGGACCCGGUGAAGGAGCGCCGCGCCCACGCCCGCCAGUGCCUGCUCAAGAACAUCAGCGUGCGCCGCGAGUACAUCAAGCAGAACCCCAUGCCCCACGAGAAGCUGCUGUCGCUCCUGCCGGAGUACGUGGUUCCCUACAUGAUACACCUGCUGGCCCACGACCCGGACUUCACCAAGCCCCAAGACGUGGAGCAGCUCCGUGACAUCAAGGAGUGUCUGUGGUUCAUGCUGGAGGUGCUGAUGACCAAGAACGAGAACAACAGCCACGCCUUCCUCCGGAAGAUGGUGGAGAACAUCAAGCAGACCAAGGACGCGCAGUCACCCGACGACCCCAAAACCAACGAGAAGCUGUACAUCGUCUGCGACGUGGCGCUCUUCGUCAUCGUCAACAAGAGCACCGCCUGCCACCUGGACUCGCCCAAAGACCCCGUGCUGCCCACCAAGUUCUACACGCCGCCCGAUAAGGACUUCAAAAACGACAAAGAUUACCUGUCGUCAGAAGCCAGGACGGUCCUCCUGACGGGGAAGCCCAAACCCGCAGGAGUGCUGGGCGCGGUGAACAAGCCGCUGACGGCGACGGGGAGGAGGCCCUACACCAAGAGCACGCCCUCCGAGACGGCCAGCAACGUCAGCAGCAACUCGGAGCCCAGCUCCCCGGCGGGAAACAGGGCGAGUUGUAUGAAUGGGCAACAAAAAAAUGCUUCCCAGGUGGUUGGUGCUGAGUCCCUUCUUGAAAUGGGCGGGGAGAGCGAAGGAGAAUCCGGGUGGAACGUGGUGAACGCUGACGUGGAGAUGAAGGACGUGAAUUCGGAGGCGGGCCAGGGCAGCGGGAACCAGAGGGGGAAGAAGCAGGGGGCGUCGGCGCCCCCCGCCAACGGCAGCGAGAACAGCGCGGCCCCCAACGAGAAGGCGGGGGCACAGCCAGUCCCCAACAAGCCCCGGCGAGGACGGCCCCCCAAGUCGCUAACUGCCAGCGCGGAGAAAGAGGGCGGGACCGGGGCGGGGCGGGGCAGGAAGAGGGCGGCGGCUGCGGCGGCGGCCCAGGACAGCACCGUCAGCCCCACCGUGCAGCCAAUCACCAUCAAGAUACCAAAACAGCAGAAGGAAACGGACAGCAAUAGGCCACAGAGACAGGUGGACCUGCAGAGGUAAAAAGAAAAUGGCCGCAGAAGCGUAGGUGGUAGGAGAGAUGACCUGCCUGUUUCAGGACCCGUCAGACCUGGUUGUACAGACAUUCUUCCCUUUGACUCUUAAUAGCUCUUCUGGUCCCCGAACGGGUCCCAAACCUCUCUCGGACACACACACACACACACACCUAGCCGCUGCUUCCUAAACCCCCACGGGCGAAGCAAGCGCUCUCCUCAGCGGAGAAAAAGUAUCCGAAAGGAAGAGUAAAAAAAAAAAAUCUAAUUGGAAAGGGUUCAAACCCAGUACGUAGGCCCGGACAGCCAUCUGCUCGCUGUGGGUGCUGAUCUUCGCUCCACUGGACACGCCUUUUUACCCAUAGCCUUUUCCCAUUUAAAUUCAGCCCACAGAGUCAUGUUAAACCCAUAAUACCUUCCGUGUAUUUUCGUCAUGUCUGACUUUACUCUCUAAGUGUAGAUGUAUAAUCCCUCAGGUUCAUCACCGUUUUAAUUUUCAUUCUUUUAAAAAAACGGGAACUGCGGAAAGCCGGUUUACCGUUGGUUUUAAGCUCAAGUCGCCAUACCGACAAAGCAUUUGAAGCCAGGCGUCUGUGACUGGAUUCCUCCGCAGAGAUGAGAAUUGUAGGCUGUGGAGUGUUUCUGCAUGAAGAACGCCUGAGGCUGAGUCCAAUAGGCAGGCUGUUUUUGCAGUGGCGUAGAAGGCCAAUGAAGUACACUUGCAGGGGGUUUCCACUGACUGACUAAACUUCAUCUCCCAUCAUCCCUACUGUGAAGUCUUCGAUGGAUGAUCACUGUGGCAGUUAUCUCCUGUACUUCCUGAAUAACGCAAAGACACGGGCACGUUGUUAUGGCCGCACUUGUCGAGUGAAAAUAGGCACUUUUAGUCGGGGGGGGGGGGGAACUCAAACAUUAAAAAGGGAGGGGUUGUGUUCAUAUUAGGAUUUUGUCACCGAUUCUGGGGGCACAUUUAGUUAUAUUUGCCCCCCACCUGUACAGGGGGGUGUUCAGGCCUGGACACACGAACCCCGAACACACAUGGCUUUUCAUUUCCCUGGUCUUUAACUGCUUGUUCUAGUUUCCGGCUGUGUUACGAUGUUAACAUUCCCCCAGACUCGCGUCUCUUACAGAAGUAGUUCCUCACAUAAAUUUUAGCCACGUGGAAAGAAUUGUUGGGGGGUGGGGGGAGGGGGGGUUCUAGCAGGUGACUGUGGUUUCCUUUUACGAGGCCUUUUAUUUGUAACUUAGUGCAGAUUUUACAUUUUUGUAUCGAAAUGAGGAGUUUGCAAAAUAAAAUGUACAUUUUUCUUCUGGGAAACUGUUAUGCUUAAGAAGAGGUUUUGAAUAAAAAAAUUUUAAAAAGCCAUCUUGGAAUUUGGAUGCUUGCAAAAAAAAAUAAACAUUGAAUUCAUAACUCUGA